ACCGGAGAGCGGCUCCCACGGCCCUGCCAGCGCUGGGACAGCUCCAAAGCCACCCUGGUGCCAGAAUCCUGUGGGCUGGGGACAGUCCCCAGCUGGGGAUGACGGAGUGACCCUGGGCCAUGGCACCACAGGGACAGGGAUGGCUUGGGAGGACACAGGGCCACGCUGAGGCACGUGGGGACAAGGACGAGAGCCCGGGGCUGAGUGUGGUGUCACCACCCCAGCGUGCGACGUCCUCGGCCUGGGGCUGGACCGGGGAGGAUCAGGAUGAGGACAGGGGACGGGAGCCAAGUCCGGGCGUGGGGCAGGUCCUGCCUGCUUCCCGAGAGCAGCCGGGCUGGGGACACCCUCUGGUGAUGUCCCCAGAGCGGGGAACAGUGCUGGGCCACCCCUCUGUGCUCCAUGCAUCCCACCCCCUUGGCUUCCUCCAAGAUCCAUGUGGCCGCCGCUGUGGUGCUCGGUGUUGUCCUCUGGCCUGGGCUAAACCAGUCUGGAACAAAAGGGAUCAACUGACCCCAGCUCCCCCCACUCCCGGCCACCGACGGGGCAGGAAAGAGCAAAGUCCGGCCAAGGUGACGCAGUUUCCGUCCCCUCGUCGCUGGGAUGUGACGGGCACCAUCCUGUUGGGCCCAUCCAUAGGAAGGAGCUUCCUGGCUGGGGGCAGCUGCGGGGACAGGAGGGGCAUGGAGCAGGCAGCCAUGGGCGAGUGCACGGAGCUGGAAUGGGCCGUGCAGGUGCUGGUGAACAACUUCGACAAGUACUCGAGCCGCUGCUGCUGCUGCAAGAACCCGCGGCGCAUCAGCAAGAAGGAUUUUCGGAAGAUGCUGAGCCGCGAGCUCAACCACAUGCUGACGGACACCGGGAAUCGCCGCGCGGCCGACAAGCUCAUCUGCGACCUGGAUGAGAACAAGGACGGGCGCAUCAGCUUCGAGGAGUACUGGACCUUGAUAGGCGGCAUCGCCAGCCCGAUCGCGCAGAUCAUCCGCCAGCAGGAGCAGAGUGUCAAACUCACCAAGUAGCCGCUGCUGGACCCUCCCGGACCCGCCCGGCUCCUCCACGUCCCCCGCUUUGUGCCCUCCCCGAGCCUCCGGGAUCCCCCCGGUUCGCACGGCUUUGCCGAGCAGGAUGGGGUUGGGGCGGGCAGGUCCUGUGGGUGGGAUUUGGGGUGUGAGGCCGCCGUAGCCUCGGGGGCUCCUCCUUGCCCUGCCCUCCUCCUCUUCCACACGGAGCAAAGGGAGAGGUUCCCCCUCCUCCGGGACGGGAAUUCUGUCUGUCCUCAGCCCUCCGCUGGCAGAAAUCCCAUCACGAGCAGCACCCCCUCUCCCCACGGGGCUCCCCCCCCAAGUGCGGGGGAUCUCCUUGAGCCAAGGGCGCUUUUCCCCCUGCCCAAGCUGGUGAAGGCUCUGCCCUGCCCGGAGCCGGGGCUCGAGGAACGGCGCAGUCCCGGCCGGGUGACACCACCGUGGUUAUUUAUUGCAGCAAUAAAAUUUGGAGGAGCAGCGGGUGA